UCUCUCUCUCUCUCUCUCUCUCUCUCUCUCUCUCUGCAACGAGCAAGUCAAACUCACGAGCUAGCGGCAAUGGCGGUGACAGCUUCUUCGUCGUCCUUUGGCAUUUGGCGGCUUCUGGCGCAGUACCCACCACGCCCGCUCCCCUGCUUUUUCCGCAUGGCCACGACGGCGAACGCGUGAUGCGCUUUCACAUGGGAAACCGCUAACCUGUCCCUCCAUAUCCAACCGCAUAUUUAAACUCCUCGCUGCUGCCACCGUCGUCGUCGUCGUCGUCUGUCCAUCCGACUCUCUCUCUCUCUCGACGCGCGAGAAAUGGCGGCAAUGCGGGCGGCGCCACCACCGUCGGGUGCUUCGCUCGCCCUGCUCUGCUUCUUCUUGCUCUGCUCCUCCGAGCCACUGCUCGCCGGAGACAUCCCGACGACUCUCGAGGGGCCGUUCACGCCGGUGACGGUGCCCCUCGACAAGAGCUUCCGUGGGAACGCCGUCGACUUGCCGGACACCGACCGCCGAGUCCAGAGGACGGUCUCCGACUUCGAGCCGGAGCAAAUCUCCGUCUCGCUUUCCUCGAGCUACGACUCCGUCUGGAUUUCCUGGAUCACUGGAGAGUACCAGAUAGGUGAUGACAUCACCCCGUUGGAUCCGAACAGUGUCGGGAGUGUUGUUUACUAUGGGGCUCCGGAUCUGGACGGAGUCAUCAGGCCCGGUUAUUCGCUUAUUUACAACCAACUUUAUCCCUUCGAAGGCCUCGAGAACUACACUUCUGGCAUUAUACACCAUGUUCGUCUCAAAGGGUUGAAGCCCAGCACGUUAUACUCUUACCAAUGUGGAGAUCCUUCAAUAGCAAUGAGCGAAGUUUAUUAUUUUACGACUAUGCCUGUCACUGGCCCAAGUAGUUACCCCAGCAGAGUGGCAGUGGUUGGUGACUUGGGUCUUACAUACAAUACCACUUCCACAGUCGGCCACAUGCUGAGUAAUCAUCCUGAUCUGGUUCUUUUGAUCGGGGAUGUGUGUUAUGCUAACUUGUAUCUCACGAAUGGAACUGGGGCCGAUUGCUACUCCUGUUCAUUUCCACAUACUCCUAUUCGCGAAACCUACCAACCACGAUGGGAUUAUUGGGGAAGGUAUAUGCAGCCUCUAGUGUCUAAAGUUCCCAUCAUGGUCGUAGAAGGGGAUCACGAGAUUGAAGAACAGGCUGAGAAUCAGACUUUUGUUGCUUAUAGUUCUCGAUUUGCAUUUCCAUCUAAAGAAAGUGGAUCGUCGUCUACUUUUUACUAUUCCUUCAAUGCAGGCGGCAUACACUUUUUAAUGCUUGGUGCCUAUUUUUCUUAUAAUAAAUCAUCUGAUCAGUACAGAUGGUUAGAGAAAGACCUAGCUAAGGUCAACAGAGAAGUCACACCAUGGUUGGUGGCUACAUGGCACUCUCCUUGGUACAGCACUUACACGACCCAUUACAGAGACGCAGAGUGCAUGAGGGCUGCAAUGGAGGAUUUGUUGUACAGUUACGGGGUUGAUGUUGUCUUUAAUGGACAUGUUCAUGCCUAUGAAAGGUCAAAUAGAGUGUACAACUACACUCUGGAUCCCUGUGGCCCUGUUCACAUCACUGUCGGAGAUGGUGGUAACCGAGAGAAGAUGGCCAUUACACAUGCAGAUGAACCUGGAAACUGUCCAGACCCAAGUACCACCCCCGAUGCGUACAUGGGUGGUUUCUGUGCAUUUAAUUUCACAUCAGGCCCCGCUAAAGGCAACUUCUGUUGGGACAGGCAACCGGAAUAUAGUGCUUACAGAGAAAGCAGCUUCGGGCAUGGCAUUUUUGAGGUGAAGAAUGAGACUCAUGCUCUGUGGACAUGGCAUCGGAAUCAGGACUUGUACAAGUAUGCAGGCGAUGUCAUCUACAUCGUUAGGCAACCUGAUAAGUGCCCAAUCAAGGGAAAGAGGAACUUCUGAUCAAGUGCACAAGACCAGAUAGUUCACAAAACAGAGCAAUUUUUGAAAAAGAGAAUUUGACAGCCGUCACUUUUCUACAAUUGAAACUGGGAGCUAUCACUGUUUUCGACAGGAAGCUGAUUAUGUGAAUGUGAGCAAGAGGAUGUAUUCAUCUUCUUCAGUCGUAAAAGCGGUCUGUGUGAAGACACUGGUGUCCUUGAUGUAAGUCGUACAAAGAAUGUUCGUACCAAAUUGAAAUCAUUUUCUGAA